AUGGUCGGAGAGAUGGAGAGCGGUUUGAUAUCGGUGGACCGGUGGAGGAGUGGAAGUCAAGCCUACUUCUUGACUCAUAUGCACUCCGAUCACACCCGUGGCCUCUCCCCCAACUGGUCCCAUGCUCCUCUCUUCUGCUCCCGCACCACCGCCUCUCUCUUCCCUUCCCGAUUCCCAGGCUUCGACCUCUCCUUGCUCCGCGUCGUCCCCCUCUCUUCCUGGCAAUCUCUCUCCCUCCGCUCUCCUUCCUCCGGCUCCCCCGUUCUCCUCCAUUUCAUGGCCAUCGACGCCCACCACUGCCCCGGGUCGGUGAUGUUCAUGUUCCGUGGAGAAUUCGGAUGUUUUCUCUACACAGGAGAUUUCCGUUGGGAAUGUGAUGAUAAUGCUGCAGCAAAGACCACUCUCGUCACUGCUAUCAACGAAUUCCCCGUCGACAUUCUCUACUUGGAUAACACCUACUGCAACCCCAUCUACACCUUCCCUUCUCGUCAAGUCGCUGCCAAUCUCGUUGCUGACAUUAUCCUCUCUCAUCCUUCCCAUGAUAUCGUCAUUGGAGUUGACACUCUCGGCAAGGAAGACCUUCUUGUUCAUCUCUCCCGCAUUCUCAACAUCAAGAUUUGGGUUUGGCCAGAGCGGCUCCGUACCAUGCAUCUCCUUGGUUUCCAAGACAUUUUCACCACCGAUACAUCUCUUACAAGAGUCCGUGCUGUCCCUCGUUAUAGUUUCAGCAUUCAGACACUCGAGGGGUUGAAUCUGAUGUGUCCAACCAUCGGCAUUAUGCCUUCGGGUCUCCCUUGGCUGAAAAGACCAUUCAAAGGAGAGGACAAGCUCUCGGGCUCUCUUCUAGCCGCAACUACUUGUAAUAAUAGGAAGCCUGCAGUUAAAGAGAAAGAACUACUACUACUACAAGGUGCGGUGCAUCAUUUCCAUGACAAUAUGUUUUCGGUGAACUACUCUGAUCACUCAUGCUACGAGGAGAUUGGAGAGUUCAUAAAUCUUGUCAAGCCGAAGAGCAUGAAAGGCAUUGUGGCUUCAUCCUCUUGUUAUGUUGACCCUCUCUACUAUUUUGGACGUAUAUGUGGUGUUAACCAACCGCCAGAGUUGCUGCUUUUGAGGCCUGGCACUGGCACUGGCACCACCAGAGACCCAUUUCGAGCUGUUAGGAUUAAGUCAUAUUCAACAAAGGAUGAGACUCGAGUUUCGAAAAAAGAAAAACGGAGAAAGGGAGAUGGUCAUUCGAGUUUGGAGAGAAACAGGAAGAGGAGAGCACGUAUACAAGUGAAGUGCGCCAAAAUUGCAGAGGUAGAUUAG